AUGGGAUCUUGUACACUCAAAUAGCCACAUAUAUAAUAGAAUAUUAUUGUAGAAAAACAAUGCUCUUGUGACGAAUAAAAUGAAGAAACUUCAAAUAUGUGUUAACCACCAUUAAAUGUAAACAAUGAGAAUAUCAGAUUAAAUACUGCUUCAGAAGAAUGCGAUCUUUAAAAUAAAAUACAUUAACUUUAAAUCACAAAAAUGGAACCCUUAAAAUUUUAAUCUAAAAAGCCAAUUACAAUGCACAGUAAAGAUGGUCUAGAAAUUUAGAUCAAUUUAUCUAUGUCAGGAUAUGGAUUGAUUUCAUUUAAUGAUGGUAGCCAUUAUGAAGGAUAUUUCGAAUAAGGUUUAAUACAUGGCUUUGGUAGAUUCACAGAUCUUGAUAAUAACAUAUAUAUUGGCGAAUGGGUUAAAAAUAAAAAACAUGGCUAUGGCAAAGAAAUAGUUAUAAGUAACUAUAUGCCUUAUUAUAGAUUAAUAUACAUAUCAAGGAUAAUUUGUAAACAAUUUCAAACAUGGUAAAGGUUAUGUUCAAUAUGAAGACGGAACCAGUUAUGAAGGUUAAUUUGAUAAUAAUAAUUUGAAUGGUUUUGGUAUUUAUCAAGGACUAAAUGGUUUAAAAUAUGAAGGGUAUUGGGUUAAUAAUUAAAUGGAAGGUUUAGGAAAAUUAACACUCUCAAAUCAAUCAGUCUAUGAAGGUUCUUUUAAAUAAAAUAAAAAAAAUGGAUAUGGAGUAUAUACUUGGACAGAUGGGAAAUAAUAUAAAGGUUAUUGGAAGGAUGAUAAUCAAGAUGGUGAAGGAGAAUUAAUAAAAUCAGAUGGUUAACCUAUAAAAAUUAAAUAUCAAAAUGGAAAACGAAUAGCAUCUAAUCUAAAAAUACUAAGUCCAAUCAAUUUUGAUUGA